UCGCUGAUAAUGAGCCUUGCAAAAUUGUUAACGAAUAAAAUAUCUACCGUAAUUGCAAAAGCACGCCAAUGACACGCCAACAACGCAAAAUUAAACAUGAUGGAAACACUUUCAGCUCAAAUAAUAGCAUUAACAAGUUGUAUUUUGAUUCUAAGUUUAUUUAUCAGAAAUAAAUGGAUGAAAUAUCGAAAAUUUUACGAGUUAGCUGCCAAGUUUGAAAAACCCCCUGGAUACUCAUGUUAUCCAAUUGUUGGACACGCCCAUCACUACGCUAAUUUAGAAGAUAUAAUCACAAUAGCAACCAGUUUCAAAACCCCAUAUGGUGUUGUAUUUCUGGGGCCACGGAUAUUUUACUUUUUAAAUGAUGUGGAUUUGUUCGAGGAUUGUUUGACAAGCGAUAAAUGUUUAAACAAACCUUAUUAUAUGGAUAUGCUGAAGCAUGCUGAAGGUGGAUUAUUUCUAGCCAGAGGCAACACUUGGAAAUCUCAAAGAAAACUAUUGAAUCCUGGUUUUAAACAACGCAUUCUCAACUUUUAUGCUGGCAAAUUUGCGAAACAUGAUGAAAGAUUAUUGAAACAAUUGGAUUCUAAAAUUGGACAAGUUUUUGAUAUAAAUAUCUUGUCAAAGAAAUUAAGUUUCCAGAAAUAUUUUGAUUGUGCAUUUGGUUUAGAUUUUGAUGCUAAAAGUAAUGAAUAUUUGGAGGCCUUGGAUGACAGCGUAUCGUUAUCAAUUGCAAGAGUAUUUAGUUUCGUUGGCAGCGUGGAUAUUCUAAACAAAAUUACUGGAAAUUGCAAAGCGUAUGAUAAGUGCAUGAAGACUUUAACCAGGAUAACACAUGAAAUUGUAGCUGAACGACUUAAAAUAUUACAUCAAAAACCUAAGAAUAAUUCAAUUCCUGAAGAUAAUGAUUGUGAGGAGUUAAUUUUUAUAGAUUAUAUUCUACAAUGUAUCAAUAGCGAGAAGUAUGAUGAGUCCAAGUUGGUUCCUGAAUUAAUCACAUUUAUUUUUGCUGGAGUUGACACAUGCUCAUCAACUUUUUCAUAUCUUUGUAUAUGUUUGUCAUUAUAUCCAGAAAUACAAGAAAAAGUUUAUCAAGAAAUCUGUCAAGUUGUUGGUGAUAGACCUUUUCACCAUUCUGAUUAUCAACGUUUGCAUUAUCUUCAUAUGGUAAUUAAGGAAACAAUGCGGAUUUUUCCAACGGGACCGAUUAUUCAUAGAGAAGUAUCCGAUGAUGUUAAAAUUGGUGAUUAUGUUUUUCCAAAGGAUAGCAUUCUACAUGUAAACAUAAUUAAUGUACAUCGUUCAUCAAAGUAUUAUAAAGAUCCAUUAUACUUCGACCCUGAACGUUUCGCUCCAGAUUCGGAAGAUGUUAAAACUCGUCAUCGUUUUGCGUAUAUUCCAUUUUCGGGUGGUAAAAGAAAUUGUAUUGGUGAACGGUUUGGAAUGUUAUCUUUAGUUUCAACAGUUGUAACUUUAAUGAAGAAGUUUCGAUUCGAAACUACUUAUAAAAGCAUUGAAGAGAUUCGUUUGGAACAAAGGUUUACUCUUAAUGCAGUGGAUGGAUACCCUGUUAAAAUUUAUCUUAGAAAUUAAUUUAAAUUAUUCAUACUUUUAUCUAUUGAUAGCAAAUUAAUAAAGGACAGUAUAAUAUUUAA